ACGGUAAUAUCUUAAAUCAGAUAUUUCUUCUUUUUAAGUGACCAUAAUCUUAUUUUAAGAAGAAUAACAUUCACAAUCACCAACGAAUUUAUAAAUACCCAACGAGACACCAGAUAUUUCCUAUCUUGCAAGAUAAAAAACCGAAAGCGAAUGAUGCAUCCGAGCAACUCCAAGUCACUGAAAAGAGCUCCGAAACAUGAAUCUCAGACACGCAACCUCACUAUUUGCCCUGUAACCGAGGGCCAGAACCAACAUGCGUUGGAUGAACACAGUAAAUCCCCUCUGCUUACAAACUCUGGUAAGUGCUCUUAACCCUCAGGUGUGAAAUGAAACCUUUUAGACCUUGAAAUUGAGCGCCCAAAGAAUCAUUUUAUAUUCAAAACUAACAUAAUUACAACUAGAUGACGCAACAUCUAAAAAAACCAGCAAAUUCGAAGGUUUCCCCCUCGACAUUGUGAAUAUAAUACUUGACAUCUUGUACGAAGAUCAAGAUAAAGCUACAAUCAUCUGUCUCAGCCUCACAUGCCGAAGUUACUGGAACUAUAUCCAAGGAAAACCAUAUACUUACUUUCGAUUCCAUAAAACCGAAGACCAAUUAGCACUUCAAAACUAUCUGGCCGCAUUUAUCGAGACCUGGAUGGGCCCAGCCUAUCGUCGUUUGGGACCUCAUAGUCGGUAUAUUCAAACACCAUUUCUGUCUCGUGCCGUAUAUGGGAAUUUUCCUGGAACAGAGGAAAAAGCUUUGGAUGAUCAAUGGAAGGACUAUAAAACCUUGGUCAUUCGUGAAGAGAAUCAAGAGAUUCACUUUGUUCCCAGACCUCUCGGUUUGAGCGCAGACGAAUGGUUUCCUCUCGCAGCACGAGAACUAAAGAAACACAUCUUGCGCGGGGAAGCCCGGAAUGAUAAGGCUGAAGUCUAUAGCGCAUAUCGUGCUUCUUCUCUAUGUCGCUGGCUGAUGUUUAAUGGAGGCGAUAAGUGGUUACUGUAUAGUAGAGAUCGUGUUGCGUAUGGAAAAUCCUCACAAUUCUCUCUUAACCCCUUGAUUGCUAUGUUGAUGGCUUUUCCGGAUUAUGGAAAGUCGUGGCCGACGAAGUCAAAGAAGUCUUUGAAGAGAAGUAAUUAGAGGGGAAUGCUAAGAAGAAUAGGAAGGCUGGCAAACAAAAUCGCUUGAUUGGAGUGCUGUAUUGUGACAAGAGAAUUGGAGAGUUUCCAUGGCUCUUUCAAGCAAGUCAUGGGAUAGGUGAAU